AUGCUAUUUACAAUUCGAGAUCGUUCCUUUAAAACUAUUAUUCGUUUUGGAGUUCGCGGAGGAUGGAUGUCUGUUACACGUUGCCGAAAACGCGAAGCUGUUCUCUUGGUUAGCAGCAAGAAUAAAAUUAAGUCUCCCGAAUCUUCUGGUAAAAAUAAUUAUAAGAUCAAGUCUCCUCAAAACAAAUACAUCACUUCACCAAAUGAUGAUUCAUAUGAGGAAGAAGUGAAUUCAGAUUGUCCUAAAUCAGCCAGCGCAGUUGAAGUGACACUAGUGACCCUGAAAAGGCACUUUAAAUUUGAUAAUUGGCUCAAAAGUCUCGAUGUUCAGGCCAAAAGGAAAAAAAGUACCAAGAAUAGUUCUGACGAGAGUGAAGCUUCAUCUGAUGAGGAUAUGUCUGCUGAAGCUGAAGAAGAUGAAGAGGAACUUGAGCUACGAUGCGAUGGACCUAGUGAAAUCCAUAAUGCUAAAUCUCUUAAUAUUGAUAGUCCAGUCAAAGACUUAGAAACUUCUAUACAUCUCAAGACACAAAGAAGACGCUUAGCAUGUACGUUUUUUCUUUUCUUAUCCUUCAUUUAUGGGCGUAUUAAGGUAACUCAACCAAGCUAUAAAUAG